AUGAAACCCUUCGAUUGUUAUGACGCCAAUAAUGCAACAUUUAAUUGUACCCGUCGAAUACAGUAUAAAUAUCCUUACCUAGGCGAGAGGUCUUCACAGUACAGUCAGAUUCGAUCAGUGAGUUAUAUCAGGAUCGAAAAUAACAAAUAUGAAGUCCGUAAUUCUAGUUGCAUUGAUGAAAUUCUUGAAUCUCAGCGCCUUUUAAAGGGAUACGUCGAUUGUUUAUUAGACAGAGGCCGUUGUACAACAGACGCUAAAACUCUGAAGGAAACACUUCCUGAUGCCUUAGAGAACGACUGCAAGAAAUGCACGGAGAAGCAAAAAUCUGGCUCUGAUAAGGUUAUAAGACAUUUGGUCAAUAAACGCCCGGAAAUGUGGAAGGAACUAGCUGUUAAAUAUGACCCCAACAACAUCUAUCAACAGAAGUACAAGGACAAAAUUAAUGCUGUCAAGCAAAAGGCG